AUGUCGAGCCUUACUCGUGCUUUCACCAAGCGCAACAAGCGCAUUGAGGUCUCCGCACCCAUGCCCUAUCGCGAGGGUCAACCCAAGUUUUCUGCUGGUACGAUCAAGAGAGGCAAGAUCUCUGCGCCGGUGGAACUAUUGUCGACAACGAACAUGCUCGCAUACAAUGCUCCCGACCUUCAUUCGGCAUCUUCUUCGUCUUCUACCUCGUCCUUGCAAUCUCCAGAUGAAUCCGAACUCUCCUUCAACCCUCACGGAUAUCCGUCUCCGAUGACGACUCCCGAGGACUCGCCAAUCGAGCCGAAUCCUCUGACUGGGUAUUUUCCCAAGCGUUCGGCGACUGUGACGAGUCAUCCCCGAUCUUCGACAUCAACCACCUCUUCUACCGAUGCGCCGAUGGUACCUAGACGUGCGCUGUCCCACACUAAGCGCACACAUCAAGAGCUAGCUCGCCAGCGUUCCCUAUCACGCAUGUCUCCGCCACCUCUACAUGCAAACCGCAGCAACACUCCGGCUCGACCAGCGUACGACAACUACAACGCAGAGCCUCAUCCGUUUGGGAAAGAGCUGGAACAAGUCAAUGAAGUGGUAGAGGAGUUUGGCGGUGCGCCGUUGUUUGACGAGGAAGAACGGAUCUUGCGCAAUAAAGGAUUGAAGAAAUACACGGUAGACGACUACCUUGUGGAGAUUGAAGACCUCUAUGGCAGUAUCUUCAACGAUCGGCUGGGGCCGAUAGCUUCCACCUCCUGGCUAUGA